AUGGUCAGAAAUAAUCAUGGCCAAAAGAUACUUGGAAAAUUAUUUCAGUUAUAUUUACCCAAAACUCAUCGAACCUAUAGUUGUAUUCAUUGUCGAGCACAAUUGGCAAAUCAUGAUGAGCUAAUAUCAAAAUCGUUUCAAGGUAGCCAAGGACGAGCUUAUCUAUUUAAUUCCGUUGUUAAUGUGAACACAAGUACUGCUGAAGAACGUGUUUUAUUAACUGGACUACAUGAAGUAGCCGAUAUUUAUUGUGAAUGUUGCAAAACAUUACUAGGAUGGAAAUAUGUAAGUUUUUUUUAUAACUUCAUUCAUCAUCUGCAAAAAGUAAAUACAUUUUUAUCUUAGACGAUUAUAUUCAUCGGGUAAUAGUAAAACAUGAAGACACCCACAGACAGCACACAGACAUCCACAGACAGCCACAGACAGCACACAUACAACCACAAACAGCCACAGACAGCUACACAGACAUCCAUGGAUGUCUGUGUAUGGAUGUCUGUGUUUGGAUGUCUGUGUGGCUGUCUGUGGUUGUAUGUGGGCUGUCUGUACAACUGUCUGUGACUGUCUGUGUGCUGUUUGUGGGUGUUUGUAAGUGUCUGUGGGUGUCUGCGGGUGUCUUCAUGUUUUACUAUUACCCUAUAUCCAUCAAAGUCGUCACAUAUUUAAUUGAAAUAGAAUCCUUCUUUAUUAGAUCUAUUUUUAUCGACAAUUAAGAUAACGUGACAUGCAGUGUUAAGUCUAGACCGAUAAGUAAAAUCUGUCUUUUUUCCAAUCAGUGUUUAAAACUAGGCCACUAGUCAACAAUCAGCUCGAUCUGAAAAGCUGAAUCGGUCAUGCAAAUUUUAUCAGAACUGAAUUAAACCAUAUUAAAAUGUGUGUGCUCUCAUUUAGAGAUGGAAAUGCUGAUCUACUCUGGAUCUAUUAACGAAAUCAGGGCUGAAUGUGUCUGAAAGUGAUAAUGCCAGAGCUAAUUCCGGUUAGGUUUUCUAGGUCUGAACUGCAUCAGCUAUGAGAAGAAAAAGGUUCCCGUAAAAGAACAACGAUUUCUAAACUCUGAGAACAAUUUAGAAUAGCACGAAAACAGAUAACUUUGGCUAUCACAAAUAUAUGAGGACAAUGUAACGUUGAGUAGGAGAGAUUAAUGUUACUAUGAAACGUACUUUUAAAGUCCACAGCAUUAGAUUAUUAUCUACGUUAGGUUUGAAAGUAUUGACAAGGAUAUUUAGCUCUGAAGUGAGUAGCAAAAACGAAUAACUGAUUUAUCUUUUCAGGCUGAGCUGAUUGUUGACUAUAUUUGUAUCGAGAUAAAAAAAUUGAUUAAAAUCAAAUUUAUUUCGUGUUUUAUGCAAAAUUCUGUCAAAUCAGAUACAUUUCUUCCAAUCACUUUUUUUUCAAGUUUCAAGUUAAUCAAUUUUUUCUCUCAAACGUCAGCAAUUUAUUCUUCAUUUAAGGGUCUCCCUCCCCUCUAAAAUUUUUUUUUCCCAGAACACUCAGUCUUACUGAAAUCUUUAUUUAAUAUCUAUCUGACCAUUGAUAGUUCUCAGUAAAAAUUUGAGCUCAUAAUAUUGAGUUUUUCGCGAGUUAUUGUAACAUCAAGGGUCAAAAAGUAGGUGUCCGUGUGUCAAAGAUUUUGUUUUCAAUUUUAACGAUACGGACCUCGGG